AUGCUUCUGAUGGAUGACCUUGUGCAGACAUUACCCAUGGUGAAUGAAGCGAACGCAAUGUCGGAGGAGCUGAACAAGAAAGUGAAGUUUGAAGUGGCCCUGGUGUCUCCCCAGUCCCGAGGGCUCACAGAUGGACGGACUGAGGUUAUGGUGACGAUGAAACAGUUAACGACAGGUAACUCUUGGAUGUGGGACCGAAACAAGUUCAUCAACCGGAAGUACCUGAUGCAGGAAAUGUACCAGAAUUAUGUGGAAGGAGACGCAGACUGGGAUUUACCGAAGGAGAAGGAUCCUUUCUGGGAGCCGGCUAACGCAGAGAUCCUCAUUGGAACGGUUCACCUGUACCUCCAGUCCCUGGCUUACCUCAUAGAGCUGGAGGAUAACCUGGUCAUCUCUGACUACAAGGGGCAACGAGAAAGGGCAACAGGAAAGAUAGGUAUAGCAGAGGUCCUGAUAAAGCUGAAAGAUAACUUACCAUCUCUGACUUCAAGGGCAACAGGAAAGAUAGACAGCGAGAAGGGUGGGUAUAAGAGGUAUAGAACUGCUCACAUCAAGGGAGACAACUCUGGCAUCUCUGACGACAAGGGCAGCGAGAAGGACAGCGAGAAGGGUGGGUAUAAGAGGUAUAGAACUGCUCACAUCAAGGGAGACAACUCUGGCAUCUCUGACGACAAGGGCAGCGAGAAGGGCCGCCUCAUGGUAGCUGCAAUUCCGUGCACCCCAAAAUGGCAAGAGAUUAAAGAUGACUUUGUUGAGGAUCCCAAAGAACUGUUAAAAAUGAAGCAGCUGAACAUCCUGCUGAAGAUUCAGGCUGCCAAAGGACUUCCUGCCAAUAUCAGCUCCGGUUUCUGUCAGUUCAAGUUUUACAUGGAUAAAGAUUUCACCAAGACAUCUGAGGUAAAAGGAACCAUCAACCAGGACUACAACUACAGUGGCAAAUUUACCUUCAAACCAGUCACUAAACAGGCAGUAGACUACCUGGACCAAUCAGCCCUCCACCUGGAGGUUUGGGGACGACAGAAAGAGACAGGCUUCGGGCUGGGAAAGGACGUGGCUAAGCUGACCACCAAGGAGCUGAUGACCAGGGACAAGUCCUCUCCAGUCAGCCACAAGAGCCCUGCUAAGGUCAAGCAGGACUCUGCUGAUGGACAAGAGGAAGAAGCUGCGGAGGAGGAGUCAUAUCGUAUUUCGGCUGAAAUUAACACAUACAGGAAGAGAGCGGAGAGGGCAGAAACCAAACUGUCCAAGUUUCAGAAGAUGAUUGAGGAAGCUCAGGACAAAAAUGAGACUACACUACAGGUGUCAAAGUUACUGGAAAUUUUGUCCAGUAGUCACAGGUUUAGAGCUGUGGCAGAUGUGGUCGUAGGAGUGGAGGCCAAGAAGCAAGAAAGCCUUGGACAGAAAACUUCACAGGCCUGUAGUAUCCAGUAA